UGUUCCGUGCAGAAUUGGCCACAGACCGAGAAGGAUUUAGCGCCAUGGCCUGGAUUUAGGACUGUAGAGCUUCAGCAUCAUUAUUAUCUGACGGUACUGGAUGUCCCUUCCCCCACCACCUCGUUUACGGAUGGUCCGGUUAUAGGCGUCUUUUCUUCCAUUCAAGAUAAACAAAACAAGCGAAAUCCAGUGCACGGACGGAUAUUUAUUGCGUCCCGACAUUUCUCGAGGUCAGAUUGCGUUGCCUUGUGUGUCGCGAGGUGAUGCACACAGCUGAGCACGAGGACUCGCGCGCGCACGCCAACCGAAGCUGUUCGUGGUGCUGAAGGCGGCUGAGAAAGCGCGCGACAAAGCUGCGAGGAGUAUGGCCGCCGGCAAGCUGCUGCUCUACGCUGGUCUCUCCCUGUCCCUGUGCGCGCUAGGCAUGCUGGCCGUGGCCGUGUGCUCCGACCACUGGUACGAGACGGACGCCAGGCGCUAUCGCGAGCGGUGCCGAAGCUUCUCGAGCCGCCGCAAGGAUCCGGGUUUCAUCUACAUUCCCAACAACAGCCUGCCGCUGCGCGCCAGCCGCUCGCGCCUCGACCGCUGGGAAGGCAAGCUGCUCGUGACGCGCAACCGACGGCAGCUUUUCGCCAUGAGCGCCGCUGACGAGUGCAGCCGCCAGUACAACUCCACCAACAUGGGCCUGUGGAGCAAAUGCCACCGCCUGGGGUUCGACCAGGAUAUCGAAGACCUCAUUCGGAAAGGUUCCAUUGCACGAUGCUCCUAUAUCAAAUACCACUACUCCUCAGCCACGAUACCCAAGAAUCUGUCCUACAACAUCACCAAGACCAUCCGACAGGAUGAGUGGCACUCCUUGCACCUGCGCAGGAUGACGGCGGGUUUUAUGGGCAUGGCGGUGGCCAUCAUCCUUUUCGGCUGGAUCAUUGGCAUGCUCGGCUGCUGCUGGGACCGAGGCCUAAUGCAGUAUGUGGCGGGUCUGCUCUUCCUUAUGGGUGGUACCUUCUGCAUCAUCUCGCUGUGCACCUGCGUAGCGGGAAUUAAUUUUGAGCUUUCCCGCUAUCCGCGCUACCUGUACGGCCUCCCAGACGACAUCAGCCAUGGUUACGGCUGGUCCAUGUUCUGUGCCUGGGGUGGCCUGGGCCUGUCUCUUAUCGCUGGCUUCUUCUGCACGCUGGCUCCCUCCGUUCAGCCAAUCCCACGCUCCACCUGCCCCAAAUCCCGGCAAGAAAACGGCACAGUGUGUUAAGCGGAGGCUGCUGACAAAGUCACCAUGCAGCAGCGUGCAGAGUGGAAAACAUAUAAACAAUAAGACGACUGAUUAUCAAAACCAUAUGUUUGUUCCAGAGUCAUUUCUGAUCUCACCAGUCAGAUGCCAUUUUCGUGUGACUUUGCAAGUAAGUAUCCUGAUUGUUCCAUGACAAAAAAAUAAUAAUAAAUGAAAGCCAGUAUGUUACUGAGAUUCCGAAAUGGAGAUACCACAGAGGAACACUUCACUUUCAGGAUUUUAUUUCUUUCCCAUUGAGAACAUUGGGAAAGGAAGCAUGAAACGGCGACUAAUGGAGACUUGUACAUCAGUAUGUGAAAAUACAGCAGCAUGAAACCUUGAAAGGUGUGUAAGAGUUUCUAGCUGUUAGUUGUCUCUUUAUUGAUAAAUUGGUGCUUUGGGGUUGAAAAAAAAUCCCAAUAUAGUAUAUGUGUUUUGUGUUUGAAGAGUUACUGAACUGGAGACAGUGCCAAUCUAUAUCUAAGGAGGGUAACAAUGCAAAUGACAAUAGAAACGUUUUGAAGCAAUGGAUUCUAUGAUACCAAUAUAGUUAUAGUGAAAUGGAGCAGCACUGGAUACUGGAUACAACCACAAGCCCUUUAGUCUGCAGACAAGAAAUCAGUACUGUAAGAAAAUGAGGAAGAGACUGUAAGAAGAGGAACGGGACACAUCUGCUGGUGCCAGUAUCUCUCUACUGCUGUAUUGCAAAUUGUAAAGAAUAUUCCAGAACAAAUCAUUACCAUGAUGAGAGAUUUGAGAGAGUUUCAUUUCUUCCAUUCUCCAACAGGAUCAUGUAAAUGUUUUUAACAUGGUACUCCACCUUUUUUUUUUUUUUCUUUAAUUGACAUGUACCUUGAACGGGUGUGAGUGUAUACGUGUGUAUCUGUCCUCCAUUUCGCUCUUCUCGAUAAAUGUUGUGUUAAUUUGGGUGGGUGUUUAUUUUCUGUAGAGGGACAGAGGAGGGGAAACAACAGUGUCAGAUAAAAAAAAUAAAAAAAGAAAAUGCCAGAAAUGUUCAACUCGAUAGGUUAGUUCUUUGAUAAACAUUUAAAAAAUAAUAAUAAUUUAAAAGGAAAGAUGCCAUAUCUUGUUUGAAAAGAAGAAAGCACAGUUUUCCUAGAGACAAAGAUGACUCAGCAUCACAGUAGCUGUCUGUGAGAUCGCACUUAUUCCAUUUGAUAGGAAGAUGCCCUCGUUUAAAGCUAGCUUCCAGUGAAAGGACACAGUGUUUGCAUGCUUCUUAAAGACAAGAGUUAUUAGUGACAGAGAAAUCAUGGCACCUUUGCCAAAAGAGCUUCAGAAUAUAGGAAGAGCGCAGCCAUUAAAUAAAGCACAAGCUUAAUGCGAUCUAUAAACACUGUUGGGCCCAUUCAAUCCCAGAUCGAGCCGUGAUGCUCACACUCAUCUGCUUGCUUUGCAUUCAAUUUCAUUUUCCUCGAUAUUAAUUAUUAAUGUCCUGAGAGUACCGUGAAGUGUAUCUAAAAAGCUCACUGCCAUCUCAGAGAAGGUGUCCUCAGUCUCAGCCUGGCUUAAUUAUAUUGUGGAAGGCUGGGUCACUGUUUGUGUAGUCUCUCAUGUCUACAAUCAAUCUGAAAUGCUGGACCAUGUUCUCUAGAAGUGUAGGUAUAUAAGUAUAGGAGUCAUGCAGACCUGCCAACCCUGAAGAAGAAUAAUGUGUAGUCUCACUGAUUACUCAAAGAUUACUGAAAGAUUAGGAUUACUAUUAGAAAUAUUUGCAAAGUGGUAGAUUUGACAUUUUGUUGUUGUUGUUGUCGUCGUUGUUUUGGUCAAAGAUUUGCACCAUUUAAGGCCUUUGAACUAUGGCCAUUGUCACUGAAAUCUGGAUAUUCAGUAGAUUAAGCUUUAGAAUUCAAAAUGAGCAAGCCAGAGGCAAGGAUGCUGAUAUGCAGAAGAGACCUUGAAAGGAACUAAGGAGUUCAUCCUCUUCUGAGUGACACCGGAUUGUGUGAUUAUGAGUCAUUACUCUUCCAAUAUUGACUAUAAAAAUCAAGUAUGUUGACAGGAUCUUCGGUUCGAGGCUCAUUAUUGAUUUCAGUUUUUGUUGUCUGAAAUGUUCACACAUCCCAAAUAAAUAUACGUAAUUAACUGUUGUAAUCUAUACGUUAGCUAAGCCAAACAUAUGUUGAUAGAUUUUAUUUCACAUUAACGAACUCAAAAGAUUCUCUGUUUAGCUUGACAGAAAGUGAGGGCACAGCGUCAGUACAUCUUUCAAGAAGGAAAAUAAAAAAAUUACUAACGUGACAUGGGGGAAAGGGGGAGAGGCUUCCAGGAGGUGUCAGUUAAUAUCAGAGAGUCCAAAACCCCUACACAACUGUCAAUCAUUCCAGAUUCAUAUGAGGGGGAAAAGACUGGUCUUUUGGCAUAUUUUUGAGUGAUUUCUUGUUCUAUUGUACUUCGAUGUGAAAAUACCUAUACAAAAUGCAUAAAGGUUGGCUGGUCUGCUAAUGUAGUUCAACAAAAUAUGAUAGAACAGCUUGGGUCUUCAUUCAUCUGAGCUCUGUGAUCUGGACUGUAUGGAAGUUUGGAUGCAAGAUGAUAAUGCAGCUAGCUAGAAAAUGACAUUAUACCAACCUAUAGAACCCAGAUGGAAAACCAUGUGCCUGAUUACUAUAUUCUCACAACUGCAAAGAUGAGUAUGGAAAUCUGGUCUCAAAGGAAAAUUGUAUAAGCCCAUCUGGUCUUAUAUAAGAUAGUGUUCCUGGACACACUUAAAAGGAAAAAUAUUUAGGCUAUUUCAGUCUGCGAGGAUUACGCAACCAGACAUUGAUAUAAACCGAGUCGCAUCCAUUCCUCACUGGUGAAAAGCAGAUGAGCUCUUUCCCAUCAUUUCUUAUCCAGAGGCUGCAGGCCAGCACCACUAUAUCUGCUUUUCCAUAGCUAGGAAACAAACAUUACAACAUCAUACAUCAGACAAAUCUCUCUCUCUUUUUUUUUUUUUUUUUUUUUUUACACACACACAUCAUUGCUUUAUAUUUUUUAAAUGCUUGAGGUCAGAAUAGCCACACAUGACAUAGGGUUCAGAUAAAUAAAUUAAUUAAUUAAAAGUAGACAUUUCACAAGUUUAGCACCGAUCAGGCCAAGAUGGUAGGCAAUUUUCUACUCAUUAUCUCAACAACCCAAAGUUAAUCAUAUUCAGUACAUACAUCCUAGAUUGUAAUGUUCCUGAUUCUGCUAUACUGACGCAACAAUUUUAUUAAAAAAGAGAAAUAUGGUACAUUCAGCAUUUAUGCGACAUUCCGAUCCAAGCUGUUUUCAUCAAUCCAACAUUGGAAAAGAAUUUUUAAACAUAUCAUGUCAUCACUCAUGUCAUCCAACUAAUGUCUGUGUUUACAUGAAAGCAGCCAAACAUGCGUAUUGUGUCUUUUUGUUUAAAGAACAAGCAUUUGGAUGUUUGGGUAUAAUGUUUUGAGUGAGUGGGAAUAUAUUUUUCCUCCAUAUGUUGUAAAAUAAUAGCAGGAUAACAGAAACUGAAACUUUCAUUUUUAUGAGACAAUUAAAAAUCUAAGGACUUAUCGAAUCGUUUUCAUCAGUAAUGUGUCUGUUGCAUAAAUCCAAAAAAUGUACAAAAAAUUAAGUAAAAAAAAAAAAAUCCUGGAAAUGUUAAAACUGUGGAAUGUAAAACCAUAAAAUAAAAUGUCAUUGGUGUGUUUAUUU